CGUGGUCGAGUUCUUCAAUGGCAGAACGCAGAUGAAGGCUGUGCUGGUGGAGGAAGCUCCUGACGAGGGGGCCUUAUGCUGCUUGUGUGGAUAUCCACUGCAUGGCUUGCCCUUCUACACCACUGAGCCACAGAUCUUCGAUGUCCAUUUGAGAUGUGCCGAGUCUUACUGUUUCUUCAUCCAAGGCCAUGGCCAUGGCCAUGGGCAGGAGAAAUCAUCUUCUCCUGCUCCAGCUAACCAUCACUACAAACAUGACAAACAACUUGCCGGCCGUUUCCAAUAUCCUUGGCAACCACCACAGCGCAACAUGUAUGGCAACGUACUUUACCAUGCACAACCGCCUUCUUUCUAUCAUCAUCCUUACUAUCAGCCGUCGCCCCAAAAUCCAUGUCCCAACGUGUAUGGCAACGUACUUAACCAUCCACAGCCGCCUCCUUUCUAUCAUCUUCCUCACUAUCAGCAGCCCCCAAAUAUUCCUUUCCUCCCACUACCAGCUGCUUAUGGUUCCACUUCCAUCAACCAGCAAGCCGCAGGUAAUAAUCAAGUGUGGAGACCAACAAAGUGGGGUACAUCGACGGCAGCUGUUAUGAUUGGUUCAAAAACUAUACCCAGGAGGUUGCGGCUAGUAUGAACAUUAUGUCUGGAGAAGAACAAGUAAUCGUGGAUAAGAAGGGUACAUUUAAGUUAGAGGUAUCCGAGCCUUAUGAGAGUGACAUUGUUCAGCUAAAGGAUAUUAGUUUUACAUUUGACAGCCUUUACUAUUCUUCUUUUGCCCAUGACCUUACAUGAAAACCAAACUAAUAUUUUUCUACUUAAUAUUUUCUAUUG